AUGAAAUUUACUAGCUUUUUAAUCGUUUUAAUCUGUUCGAUAUUAUGGGCAUUUGUCAAAACUGCUCCAAUUCGAAAAAAUUUAGCCAGACAAGUUGAAAAGGAUUACCAGUCAACUGAUAAAAUAUUAAACGAUGGGGCUGAAUCGUCGGUCAAUCCUCUAAUCAACGAAGGCAAAGUGUAUAACAAUAGUGAAUAUUAUAAAGAAUAUUAUCAAAAAAAUAAAGAAAGGUUGAUUGAAAAAAGUCGAAAUUAUCGGAAACAAAAUAAAGAAAAGAUAGCUGAGCAAAAGCGAAAAUACAAUAUAAAGAAUAAGGAAAAAAAUAAUAAUUCUAAGCGAGUUUACUACCAAAAAAAUAAGGAAAAGUUUAAGAAUCGACGAAAAAUUUAUUACCAAAAUAAUAAAGAAAAGGAGAAUGAAUACAUGAGAAAAUACCGACAAAAUAAGAAAAACGUUCAAUCUGAAAAUAAUGAAGGAACUUCAUUUGUUAAUCCACAGACUGGUGAUUUUAUUAAUAAAGAUAAAUUACCAAUUUGCGAGGAUGAAGGGAAUUUUAUUAAUCAAGAAAAGGAAGAAAGCAAUAAUGGCGAGGAUCGGGAAAAUCAAAUCGAGGUAGAAGAGCCAAAUAAAAUUCCUGAAGAUGACACAAAUAAUAAAGAAUUAAACAAGAAAAUUUGCUCUUUUGAUCUUAACGAGAUGCCCGAUGAUGAAGAAUUGGAAGAUUAUUAA